CUGGGCAGCUCCUGCCUCCUGCGCAGCUGGCCCCGCACCCCUCUCCCGCCCGUCACUGUGGGGUCCUGUGGGGUCCUGGCCCCUGGCAGCCUGGCUCCCACAACGGCAGAUACUGGGAGAGGGAACUGAGGCCAAGCUCCGAUCGGAAUAGCCUCCCCCAUUGGGCCACAGACAGUUUCUCUUUCCCUUUCCUUUUAGAGAAGGCAGGUUCCGGGUUGAGUGUGAGCUCGACCUGCUGGCGGGGGUCCGGGGACAGCGGCUGGGGAAUGAGGGGUCCUGAAGAGGGACAUGGAGCCUCUUCGAGGCUGGGAGCCGCCCCCCUGGAGCCUGACACCCAAGGCUGAUGCCCUGAGCCAGGCCCUGUACCUGCUCCUCCUGGGGUCCCUCCCCUGUGCCCUGGCCAUGGCCCCGUGCAAAGAGGAAGAGUAUCCAGUAGGGUCCGAAUGCUGUCCCAAGUGCAGCCCAGGCCCGAGUGACACAGCCGUGCUGGGCGCAGGUUACCGGGUGAAGGAGGCCUGUGGGGAGCUGACUGGCACGCUGUGUGUUCCCUGUGACCCCGGGACCUACACAGCCCACCUCAAUGGCCUGAGUGAGUGUCUGCGGUGCCGAGUGUGUGACCCAGCCAUGGGCCUGGUGACCAGGCAGAAGUGCUCCCGAAAAGAGAACACUGUGUGCGUCUGUGACCAGGGCCACUUCUGCAUCAGUGAGGAUGGGGACGACUGUGCCGAGUGCCGUCCGCACACGCCCUGCCAACCUGGCCAGAGGGUGCGGGCCAGAGGCACCAAGUGGCAUGACAGGAUGUGUGAAGACUGCCCUCCCGGGACCUUCUCGGCCAGUGGGGCCCUGGAGGAGUGUCAGCCCUGGAGCACGUGUAGCGGCCCUUUCCAGACACAAGCCGACCCUGGGACCAGCAGCUCAGAUGUCACGUGUUCGUCCUGGGGCCUUUACGUUUUUGUGAGCAGUCUUGUCAUAGCGGGGGUCUGUGUCCUCACAGUCCUCGGGAUGAGGAUGAAAAAGAGACAGUCGCCUGGGGGACCCACCAAGGCGACAUUAUUUCACCAGGUCCUGCAGGCCCCACCGGAUGUCACCACAGUGGCUAUGGAGGAGACAGCGUCCGUGUCUCCCGGGAGGGAAUGACCCACUCACGGAUCGAUGGCUCCAGGAGGUAGAUGUCUGAGCCAUCUUGGGCUGUGCCUGCUAGAAGCUGCCAGGCCCCCAGGGGCAGAAUGUGGACCGUCUCUGGGCUUGCUUCACGCUCUACCCAGCAUAGGAAGACCGGCCAUUGCUCAGGGGGCUUUGGGGACCCCACAUGUCUCCCGUCCAUUUCAUGAGGGGCCCAGAGCCCUCUGCUCACCUCUGUGCUGUCCUCCUGAGGACAUGGUCAUAAGCCUCUCUUGGCUUCGAGCCCUGCUCACCCCCCAACCCUCAGAGCCUCAGCUUGUCCAUCUGUAGGAUGGGCCUGCUAGCACCUACCUCAUGGCUGAGGUGACACGGGACCACCACAAAUGCGGCAUGAUAUGAAUGACCAUCAGGAAUGAUUUCUAAAUGGGAUUGGUUUGCUCAACAAAUCAAAAUUGUUUUUUAAUUUUUCAUUAAAAAGUAUACUUUACAGAU